GGACAGCACGAGUGUGUCACUUUGACGGGUCAUUCAACUUGUGCAGCGCAGGUAACAGUACCCCUUAUUUUUCUAUUAUUUUGUACUCGUCUUUAUUUCUUUUUUUUUAAAAGGUUCAACCAGGUGUUGAUGAUGUGGGGAGCCACUCUGUUCCUUUUCUUCUAUGUCGUGGCCCAGGCGUCAUCACAUGAUAUUAAAAUGGAGUGUCAUGAAUAUCAUGACAGUCCUCCUGUAAGUGAAUCCUCUCCAUCUGUCCUUGCGGACCUGAGAGUGGAGAGGGUGGAAGUAGGAGGAAAAUAUAUGAUCGACAUAAACUGGAAUGUUAGCAUGGAUGGUAGUAUUCAUAGUCUGACAGGCACUCGUAUCGUUAUUACGGGAUUAUCAACAUACCACUGUAAAUACAACCCAGUUUUGGCCGAGGCAAAAAUCAAUGAACCACUGAUCGAGUUUCAUCAUCGAGUAAAAGCCACUAAUGGCAGGUACGUCGUCCAGGUUUCCAAUCUCCCUUUGCCUCCGAUGGGGAGCGACUCUACCUACAAGUACGAACAAAUAAGAAUACCUCGUGAGCGUGUUCCAACAAUGCAAACUUCAAGUACAGCAACUGUGACUGCCUCACCAGGUAAGAUUCCAAAAUUAAUGAAAGCACUGUCAUUACAAUUGUUAUAUAAUAAUAACAACAACUGUGUUUUUUCAGUUUUUAAAAUUGCACCAACAAAGAGCUCUGAGAAAUUCAACUUCACCACCGUAGCAGUAGCUGUUUUUGGUGGACUGGCUGGUUUGAUGUUCCUGGCUUCCUGCUACAUAAUCUAUAAACGCUGUGGAGCCAACUUUGCCACCUCAUUGGGUUUUAAAAAGUUGCCUACAUCAACCACGGCUGCUGUCCCUGUCCUCGUGGUGUACCCUGCUGAGAAUUCAGCCUUCCAGCGGGCUGUGGUGGCCCUGGCAGAGUUCCUGCAGUGGCACGGCGGCUGCAGCGUGGCUGUCGACAUGUGGCAGCAGGGGAAAAUCGCAGAGCUGGGGCCAAUGCGCUGGCUGGCAGAACAGACCGAGGCUGCACACAGAGUGCUGAUCGUCUGCCCGCAGCCCUCUUCACAGCCCGGCCACUCUCCUCCCAACCACCCAGAAGCCUACAUCCCAGCUGCGGCUCAUGAUCUUUAUCCCCUGGUCCUCAACAUGGUGGCGAGUCAUGCUAAGAGUGCCAGCAACUUGGCCAAGUUCUGCGUGGUGCAGCUGGGCAAGCAGCGGGACAAGAAGUCUAGUGACCUGGUGCCAGAACUGAGGGCCUGCAAGAAUUUUUGUCUGAUGAAGGACUUGAACAAGCUGUACAAGAGUCUUCACACCCAGAGUCAGGAUGACAAGAAGUUAUCCAAUCAGAUCUUCGGACCACAGAUUGCCUACAGUGAGAAGAAUGCAGUGAAGUUAAUGGAGGCUGUAGAAAAGCUUGGUGGUCAUCAGGCAAGCAUUUGCAGGGAGAAGGAACCAUUGAAAUCUGUGGUCGCUGUUGUUUGAACCUCUCUAAUAAAAUAUAUAGAUAGAUGGAUAAAGAGGAUAGGUCAGAAUAGUUGAGUCUUUUCUUAUGCUUUAUAAGAUAUAUUUGUUUUAUUUUUUAGAGGUGACAUAAACAUAUAUUUAUUUUGGUUACAACAUGAACACCACCAAGUGGAAACAGGUCUUUGUUGUUUGCAGCUCUGAAUACUGUAUUUAUCUGUUUUGUUGCAACAUCAACAAAGACAACUUUGCUCCUUUUUUGUGUGUAAUAACCUUCUGAAUUAAUGUAUUUUUGUACUUGCUUAUUAUACUUAUUUCAUCUGGAAGAGGUGGUUGCAAAGGUGAUAAAAAGUUGAAUUGUGUUAGUAGUUGAAGUUUCUUUAAAAAAUGCACUGACAAAUGUGAAUAAAAACAUUUGUAAAAACACAACGUGAAAAAAGAAAGAAUAUUAUUAAGGGCUCUGCCAAAGAUAUACAGCAGCAGCAGUAUGUAGCACUAUACUGUACAGUUACAGUGUAUAAAUACACAGUUCAUAUAUUUUUGUCCAGGAAGGAAUGAAUAAACUAACCCUCUGGGUAACUAUCAAAA